AAUGUUUGGGCGCGCGGUUGUGAUUUCUAGUUUCAAGGGAAAUGGGCAAAUAAUUUAUCAUUUAUAAGUUUUUUGACACACAGAACAAGCUUCACCUUGCAACACCACGUUCUAUAAAAAGCUUAUUCCCGAAUCCAGUUUCUGCUCCAUUUUUGUUUUCUUCAAGUAACAAAAAUCGUUUUCGCCUGAAAAAAGUCCCUGCGAUCAACUCCGGCGAACUCUGCCUUCGCCGGUCAGAUCGUCGGGAUUGUGAAUGUUUUCUUGCGUGAAGUCUCAUAAUUAAACCGCAAUUUGUACUGAGUGACACCUCACUGCCAAAAGAGGCCGAAAGAAUGGUUCCCUUUUCCAACAUACUGGGGCACGAAAAGUGUGAAAGCUACUUAAUUUUUGGCGGAGAAACUACCCUUGGAGAUAAUUUUCGGGCAUUUUUUUACUUCCUUUGCCUUGCUUAUUGUUUUAUCGGAUUAUCGGCUAUAACUGCUCGCUUUUUUCAAUCGAUGGAAAAUGUGGUCAAGCACACAAGGAAGGUAGUGGAGGUAGAUCCUGUUACUAAAACUGAAACUAUUAGGCAUGAAAAAGUUUGGAAUUACACUAUUGCGGAUAUUAGCUUGUUGGCCUUUGGAACUAGCUUUCCCCAGAUAUCAUUAGCCACCAUUGAUGCUAUACAAAACAUAGGGAAGCUGUAUGCUGGAGGUUUGGGACCCGGAACACUUGUUGGUUCUGCAGCAUUUGACCUGUUCCCCAUCCACGCUGUUUGUGUAGUAGUUCCAAAAGCAGGAGAGCUGAAGAAGAUUGCUGAUCUAGGAGUAUGGCUGGUGGAGCUGUUUUGGUCAUUCUGGGCUUACAUUUGGUUAUACAUAAUUUUGGAGGUAUGGACUCCAAACGUUGUGACUCUCUGGGAGGCAUUGUUGACUGUACUGCAAUACGGAUUACUAUUGACUCAUGCUUAUGCUCAAGACAAACGUUGGCCAUAUAUUUCUCUACCUAUUGCAAGAGAUGAGAGGCCAGAGGAUUGGGUGCCGGAAGAGACUCCUUAUUUUCAACAUGAAGCCCAUGCGGAGGUGGAUUUCUCUGAUAUAAAGCAUGUUAAUGAAGAAAAUGGGGACACUGUUGAUAUUUUUUCCAUUCAUUCAGAAAACCCCACGGAUCCAUUAUAUGCCAGAGUACCUUCAAUAAAUGAUGAGGCUGAAAUUUUGGACAAAGCUAAGGAAACGACAUUGGUGGAUACACACUUGCUUACAAUUUGGAGACAGCAAUUUCUGGAUGCACUGAGGUUGUUGAGACCAGAAUCAAAAAAAAUAAAAAAUGCAUGUCUCCGCUUAGCUUGUAUUUUCUGGCAAUUGCUGAUUUUACCUUGGAGGUUUCUGUUUGCAUUUGUUCCUCCAUGCCAAAUUGCUCAUGGAUGGAUCUCCUUCAUUUGCUCUCUGCUUUUCAUCUCUGGGAUAGCUUACGUUGUGACUAAGAUCACAGAUGUUAUAAGUUGUGUCACAGGGAUAAAUGCUUACGUGAUAGCAUUUACAGCCCUAGCCAGUGGAACCUCAUGGCCUGAUCUAGUGGCAAGCAAAAUUGCUGCAGAACGUCAAAAAACUGCUGAUUCUGCAAUUGCAAACAUCACUUGCAGCAAUUCGGUGAAUAUAUAUGUUGGUAUUGGUGUUCCAUGGCUUAUUGAUACUUUGUACAACUUCAUAGCAUAUAGAGAACCUCUCAGAAUCCAAAAUGCAGGGGGACUAAGCUUUUCGUUGAUUGUUUUCUUCUCCACUUCUGUCGGGUGUAUCUUAGUUUUGGUUUUAAGGCGUAUAAUUUUUGGCGCAGAGCUAGGAGGGCCUAGGCUCUGGGCAUGGAUUACCUGUGCGUUCUUCAUGUUGUUGUGGAUUAUUUUUGUUGUACUAUCGUCACUCAAGGUUUCUGGAUUCAUUUAGAAUUGUAUAUAGCAAAUUUAUUGUAUAGAUCCUUGGCAAUAUCCUUAGGUGCAUUAUGUUUUCCCGGUGCCCUCUCCAGUCAUCAUGGGCUCAUGGCUGUUCGUCACGCUGACGGACUAGUUGGGUUUUUUCUUUCUUUUCAUGUACUGUAUUAAAUAAAUACUGAUAUUUUUGUAACAAAAAAAUACUCAAUUUUUGUUGGAAUUUUUCUUUUUCUUUAUAUAUCCACUUAAACGA